AUGGAGGAGGACUACGUGUUCAAGAUCGUGGUGAUCGGCGACUCGGCGGUGGGGAAGACGCAGCUGCUGGGGCGCUUCACCCGCGACGAGUUCUUCCUCGACUCCAAGUCCACCAUCGGCAUCGAGUUCCAGACGCGCACCAUCGACAUCGCACGCCACCGCGUCAAGGCCCAGAUCUGGGACACCGCCGGCCAGGAGCGCUACCGGGCGGUCACCAGCGCCUACUACCGCGGCGCGCUGGGAGCCAUGCUCGUCUACGACGUCACCAGCCGCCGCACCUUCGACCACGCCGCGCGUUGGGUCGCCGAGCUCCGCGCCCACGCCGACAAGUCCAUCGUCGUCAUGCUCGUUGGCAACAAGGCCGACCUGGCCGGCGCCGCCGGCCAGCGCACGGUGGCUGCAGACGAGGCGGCCGCCUUCGCUGAGGAGCAGGGGCUCUUCUUCUCCGAGGCAUCCGCGCUCAGCGGGGACAACGUCGAGCGCGCCUUCCUCACUCUGCUCCAGGAGAUCCACGCCAACGUGUCCAGGAAGACGCUGGAGGCGGCACCAGACGAGGCCACCGGCGCCGCCGCCGACGUGCUGGCUCUCAAGGGCACCAAGCUGUCGCUCGCUGAUGAGAUAUCCAUCAUGGAGACGAGCGCCUUGCGUAGAGCAAGCAGCUGCUCCUGCACGUGA